AUGGCAGAAGUAGGAAGCAUCUAUUCUGCUGUUUAUUCUGGCGUCCCCGUAUUUGAGAUGGUGGUGAAUGGCGUUGCCAUCAUGCGACGACGUACAGAUUCAUACAUGAAUGCAACUCAAAUCCUUAAAGUAGCCAGUAUUGAUAAAGGAAAGCGCACAAAAAUUUUGGAAAAAGAAGUGCUAAUUGGAGAGCAUGAAAAGGUGCAGGGUGGCUACGGAAAAUACCAAGGCACUUGGAUCCCUUGUGAUAAAAGUAAAGAGUUGGCCAUCAAAUAUGGUGUAUACGAACAAUUAUCGCCUCUCAUUGAUUUCGAUUUGGCCACAACUAGUGCUGAUAAUGGAGAAGAUGCUUAUUUAACAAAAGAGCAAGCACUUGUUGCAAGAAAGAAGAUUACGGCUGAUAACACUGUUCAGUCUCACGAUGCAUUUCCUCUUGCUAAUGAGGAUGCCUACGCACCUCGUAAAAGAGCAAAAACAGCAGCAGCAGCAGCAGCAGCAACUCCACUUGCCCACACUAGCACCUUGACAUCUCCCAUGCCCAGUAUGAAAGCGGAAGAACUUGCUCAAUCACGACAAACCACAGAAGAAGCCAUCAAUGAAGCAGUCGCUAACGAACGCAAUCGAAGUGUACUGAUGUCCAUCUUUUUAUCCGAUAAACCAGACCAAAUUCCUGACUUAUUAAAGAGCCAGCACGGAAAGAGUGGAUUCAACAUUGAUAUGGUGAUUGAUGAGCAAGGCAACACAGCGCUGCAUUGGGCUACUGCUCUCGCACGCACCAACACAGUUCAACUGCUCGUUAAUAAGGGUGCCAACAUUGCUUGCACGAGUUAUACAGGAGAAACAGCAUUGAUGCGAGGUGUAAUGGUGACCAACAACUUUGACAACACAAGCUUCCCUCAAGUCUUUGAUUUAUUAAAGGAAAGUAUGUCCGUUGUGGAUAACAAGAAGCGUAGCGUGCUUCAUCAUGCUGCUUUAACGGCUGGUAUUCACGGUCGCACCAACGCAGCUGUCUAUUAUAUGAAGAUCUUGGUAGAUUACAUCAAGGCAGCUGAUAAUGAAGAAUUGAGGUCUCUUUUGGAUGCACAAGACUCGUUGGGCGAUACUGCCUUGAACAUUGCGGCUAGAUUGGAUUGCCAAGCUCUCGUAGAUAUCUUAUCAAAUGCCGGUGCAGUGAACACAGCUCAGAAUCAAGUGGGUCUGAACUCGCAAGAUUAUGCAGAGAUAAAGAAUGUUGAGAUGGAAGAAGCAUCUACCUCCAAACCAGCGCUCUCCUAUCCGUCGUCGUAUGCAAAGAAACCAUACACACCUAGCCAACGAGGAAAGGAAAUUGUAGCAACGGUACAAAAGAUUGUAGAUGCAUUGGAUGAUGAGUAUGGCGCUCAAUUAACAGCCAAAGAACAAGAAUUACAGUCAGUGCAAGAAGAAGUGAAUGCUGUUGUCCGAGAACUAGAGACGACACGAAAAGGGUUAGAGACACGACAAGCACAAUCACAGCGAUUAUCCGAAGCACAGCAAAAGACACGCAACAUAGAAGCGGCAUUGGAUGCAGGAUGGAAGCAACUGGAGAGCAUCAUUACCAAGUCGGGUAAAUCCAUGCCUCGACGAGAGGACAUCGAAAACAUUGACGAAAACGAAGACAUUGAUGGGCUCUUCAACGUGCCUGAAUUGCAUGUACCAGACGAUGCUACAGAAGAAGAAAAGAAAAAGAAGCUGGACGAGUACAUUCGCAACAUACAAGCUAAAGUGAAGGCUUACAGAACCAACGACGAAGCCUUGCGGAGCGAGAUUAAGAAGUUACAGAGCGAUUACGUUGCUAAAGAGAUGGAAUGCAAGCGUCUUAUUGCAGCAUGUUGUAAUCUGCCUAUUGAUAAGAUUGAUGAUUUGGUUGAACCCUUGACGUUGGCUAUCGAAAGUGAUCCUCCAGAUCUUGAUUUAGCUCGUGUCAUUGGAUUUAUGGACAAAAUUAGACGACAAGGUGCGUUUGCAGAACCAGCUGCCACCACAAGCACCACUACUAGUACGACGACAGCAGCAACUACUGCUCAAGCUGCUGCUGCCGCUCCUGCUAUACCUCCUACCGCUUCUACGUCGCCUGACAAAGAAUCCAACAACAGCAACGCUAAUGACAACUCAUCUCCUUCACUCUCUUUACCAAACACUGCUUCUAAUUCAUCUGCUACCUAA